AACAACAUUCUUGUUGAAUUUGGCUAAUUAUAGUUUAGUUUAGUUCUUCCAACGAAGGAUAUUAACAUUAAAUCAAAAUUGUCCAAAAUGCGUGUCAAAUUAUCAGUCUGUCGCCUGUGUAUGGGAACCAAAAACAUAAAUGAAAAAGUUGCUGACAAUCAAACAUACAAGAAAAUAAGCGAAUGUCUGCAAGUGGAGAUAAAUUUGGACGAUGCUUAUUUACCAAUCGCAGUAUGCUCGGCUUGCACCAAAUGUGUUCGAAAAUUUUAUAGAUUUCGAAAAGAAUGUUGGAAAGUGCAAAGAACGCUUCUAUCAAAACAAAGGGAUUUCAUGGAAAUUGCAAAUGUGACCAAACUGAACCUGUUCGACGAUUAUGGAUUGGAGUUGGAGCGAAAUCUUGUUCGACCACUGCGGCCAGUAGUUAAAAAAGAAAUGAUGAUUGAAAUACAACAAGUACAACAAUCUUCCCCUAGCGCACUUCGGCCAGUAAAACCUAAAGUUGAAAAUCAAACGAUGCUUGAAAUUCAAAAAGCAGACAAACUUGUUCCUGUGGAUCAUGCUCAGUCCAACCGCAUACAAAUGCACACUCAAGCAUUGCAGCCUGAACUUCAAAAUAAAAUGUUCAACAUCCAAAAAACACAAAACAAAUUUCCAAUAGAGCAUGCCCGCUCCAACUCCAGAUUAACUAACACUCGAUCAUUUCGGUCCGACGUAAAUAGUGAAAUGAGGGUUCAAAAACAAGAAAUAGAAAUGCUUUCGCCAAUGGACUAUACUCGUCCCAGCUGUAACCAAAAUAGAAUUCGCGCAUUACAACGAACAGCUAAAAAAGAAAUUAUGGUGGAAAUCCAGGAAGUAGAAAUAAAUUCUCCAACGUCUACACUUCGUUCUAAAACCACAGAGGAUGAACAUUUACUAAAAUGUUUGGAUUAUAAACUGGACUUGGUAACAAAUGAACUGGAAGGAUCAAACAAACUAAAUUAUCCGAUGCAUACUCCCAAGGAAAAUGAUUCGGAUGAGAAAACACUUGAACAAGAAACAGAUAAUGCGGACCAAGAAAAUGAAGCAGCAAUUACGAAUCGAGAAUAUCAGAAAUCUAGAAAUGCCAUGGAUAAUGAAGCCAUUGAGUUGGAACAGCUGCGACCAGAAAAUUUAGAAGAAGGAAAUUUGGAGCCAGUGUCUGUGAAGUCUGAACCUUUAGAACUGGAAGUUUUGGAAGAAAAAUCUACAGGAAUAGAAGCAUUAGAUCUGGAAAAUUAUGGACAACCAGAACACUUGGAGCUGGAAAGUUUGGAACCAGAAAUUUUGGAUGAAAAGGACAUAAGCAUGGAACCGUUGGAAACAAAAUACCAUCUGAAACCCCAUGAUUACACAUCUAAACAACCAUGUAGUGUUGCCGGCAGUCCUCCUAAGACGCGCCCAAAGCCUCGUCGCAGAACGACAAAUAUUUCUGGCAAAGCGUUGUACAAAUCAUUGCUCAUGGCAUGUGACACUUGUGGAAAAAUGAUAGAGCGAAAUCGUUUGGAGGGCCAUCGGAACAAACAUAUGGGGAUCCGUCCAUACAGUUGCCCAAAUGAAGCAUGCAAUGCUGCUUUCCAUUGCAAGCACGCACGCCGCUUACACGUACGAUGUCGACAUGGGAAUGAGAGUUUUUCCUGCGACAUUUGUGGCAGGGUAUACCGUGCAAGACGCGAUUUACUUGGUCAUAAACGUGAAGCUCACUCAGAACCAAAGUUUGAGUGUGAUAUUUGUUUCAAGAAAUUCACUACAAGGUCACGUUUGAAGCAACAUCGAUUUUACCAUACUGGAGAACGGAAUCAUCCUUGCGGGUUUUGUAUUAUGACAUUUUUUAACAACUUCCAAUUAAAAGUGCACAUGAGAACUCACACGCAAGCUAGGCCGUUUGUGUGUAAGGUUUGCAGAAAAGCCUUUCGGUACAGACACAUGGCGAAAGAUCAUAUCAUUCGUCAGCAUGGCAUUGAUGAAAAAUUUGAAAAAGAUUGGAUAACACACAAUCCUGAACCGGAAGUAAGCGAAUUGAUGAAUUUGGUAAAACCGAAUGUAUAAAAAAGAAUAAUAAUCGUAUCAUUUGAACAUUUUUGAGUGGCUUAGGUGUUUCCAACGCUUUUUUUCUGCUAUGGUUGAAAAUAAAAAGUUAUUCAUCAAUUCAUAUAAAAAAACUGAUUAGCUAUUCUUACUGUUAGUAAGCAAAGCCUAACACCUUUUGUGUUUCAAAUAAAAAAACGCAUCCCACGAAGAGAAUUGAAAAUACUUUAAAAUAGAUUCCAACUGCGGGAGAAAUAAAAAAGAUUUACAGUUUUAUACACUUUCUGAAGGUGGCCCAUGCACCCGCCUGCAGCGUGUUAGAUGGAUAAAAUUCUCAGGCAGAAAACUAUUGAAUGUGGUUUUUGAAGUUUUCGUCGAUUUUGUUGCACUCAGAGUUACAGGACUUACGAAGGUAUACAAAAAUUAAAAAGGGUUAAAUUACCAUCAGGAUUAUGCUGCUUACUACUAAUGAGUUUUUUCAAAAGGCUUUCGAAAUGUGUUGAAAACAGAUCAUACAAAACAAUACAGUGCACAGCAGGCUAAAACAAGAGCAAAUGCGAUGUCCUUCGUAAAGCAAAUGUUCCUCCAAUGAUGGAAAAAUGGAAUAAAUCGAGAAAAUUUAUUAAGAACCGGUCGUUUUACCGUCACAUCGAACCGGGUGAGUCGCAUCAUUAAAAGAAUUUGAAUGCUGAGCCCAAAAUAAAGACCCCGACUGUGGCGAGAAUUCUGAGAAUCGGAGAGCACAGUGCAAAACACAAUUCCUUAUGUUUCUUCUUCUUCCUGGCGUAACGACCUUUUGGUCAUGGCUGCCCCAUGGCUGUCAAGGGCUUACAAGACAUUUCUCGUACAG